AUGAAUAUGUUGGAUGAUGAAGAUGACCAAAGCUUUCACGCUACGCGUGACGGCUACUCCCAUUUGAGCGAUGUAGAAUGGGAUGCGGUUGAACGAAUGGGUUCGACCAUGGGCAUCCAUGCUGUUAGCGUCAUGCUAGAGGCUCUCAAUAGAGAUGCCCAACAUGCUACUAUCGCCAAGUUCAUUCAAAAUGAACUUGACGCAGAACGCGAGAAAGUAGCCUUGCUUCACCAACAAGGUUCUCAACAAGCAGAGUUGUUGAGAGAACAAGGUGCUCAACAGUUUGAACUGUUGAGACAGCAGCAGGCUGCUGCUGGCGGGUCGAUGCACUCGCGUCGGCCCGAGACUUUGAAGAUUGACAUCUCAAAGUAUAGGGGGGUCGAAGAAGACUCCCUCUUGAGAUGGUUCGUCGAAUUGGACGACGCUAUAAGGGCGCGUCGCAUCGACGACGGGGAUAUGCAAGUUGCAUUUGCCCAGUCAAAUCUGGCAGGACGUGCCAAGACUUGGGCACUGGGGCUCAAGCUGCACGACCCAUAUGCGUUUGGGUCGUUGGAAGUCUUCAAGUCGCGGCUCAGACAAACGUUUGAACCGCCCAGAGCUGAGUUCAGAGCUCGAACCGAACUCUUGAAGCUCAAGCAGGGUAAGCGUGAUGUGCACGCUUACGCUCAACAUAUACGACAUCUCACGAGUUGUAUAAGUUCCAAUCCGGUGGAUGAACACACGUUGGUUUCGGUGUUCAUGCAGGGUCUUGCGGAUGGUCCCGUCAAGACUCACCUGUUCCGGCUUGAACUAGAUUCACUAGAACAAGCCAUUUCCAUUGCGGAGCAGGAAGACUUCAGUCUGAGACAGGCUCGCGCCAGCUCGACAUCAUAUCGUCAACCGAGACGAUAUGACAACGGAGGUCCAGAGCCGAUGGAACUCUGUUAUGUAGAGAGCGAGAAGGCUCGCUCUACAGGCUACAAGAAGUUGCAGAGAUGCAACAGAUGUCAAAAGACAGGACACUACGCUUACGAGUGUAGUGCCCCUCGUCCAGUGUCUCGCGACACUGGGCGUAGUGACCGUCCACCCAUGAGAAAGGGGCAGGGACGAGGGUCCGCAGUUGGUGCAAAGACGCAACAACGGGAUGGACCGUCAAAAAACGGACAGGAUCAGUAG